AGUCGGGCGGACGGGCGGACAGGGCGCGGCUGUUCCGUUGAGCCAACUGAUGGGAUCAGAUUCGAGAGGCCCGACUUUCUCUUCGUCACAGCAACUCGCACCUCGAAUCGCUCAGGCACGGGCUUGAUUCGUCGCAACAUGGCGGCGGGUGUACAUGCCACUAUCGAGCCGAUGCCAGUGGCCAGGCGGCAUUGGCUCCGGCGACGCUACAGGGGGAGCAGCGUCCCUUCAUAAGGCAACUUCGAAAAUCGCAUUCCCCCCUCCUUUCCUUCUCACAAACCACUACCACACCUUGUCCUCGUCAUCUCGCACCACACUACCGUGAGUAUUGCGAUACAUAGACCGACAGUGGUUGCAGACACGCCAGGACAGCCCCUCUAAUACGCUCCUCACCUCGCACCCUCUCUCAGUCGCACAACCACACAUCCUAACAAUGGCCCGCACUAAGCAAACCGCCCGCAAGUCGACCGGAGGCAAGGCCCCCCGUAAGCAGCUCGCCACCAAGGCAGCUCGCAAGUCCGCCCCCUCGGCCGGUGGUGUCAAGAAGCCCCACCGUUACAGGCCCGGAACUGUCGCCCUCCGCGAGAUUCGUCGCUACCAGAAGUCGACUGAGCUCCUUAUCCGCAAGCUCCCCUUCCAGCGCCUCGUCCGUGAGAUUGCCCAGGACUUCAAGACCGACCUCCGCUUCCAGUCGUCGGCUGUCAUGGCUCUCCAGGAGGCCUCGGAGGCUUACCUCGUCUCUCUCUUCGAGGACACCAACCUGGCCGCUAUCCACGCUCGCCGUGUCACCAUCCAGCCCAAGGACAUCGCCCUUGCUCGUCGUCUCCGAGGCGAGAGGACCUAAGCUUUAGCUUGGCCCGGCUCCUCACACACACACACACUUGGCUCCUUGAUAGGCGUGGUUUCUCCUUCUGUACUCUAGCUCUUCUCUGUCUCUCUCACCAUCAUGUCGUCUCGUCUAUAUCCUUGAGCGCUCAUCGCGACUCCUUGAAGACGAAUCGAUUACACAUUCAUCCAUUCCGACGCGUGUGAGCGUGUGACACGAGCGAGAUGAGCGAAGAGGAGGGCGUAGCUGCUAUCCGGGAGACAACUCCUCUGACGUCGAUCGUGGUGAGAGGGUGACGGGCAUCGCGUCGCGUCGUGUCGCGUCAGGCGAUAGCCUCGUAUCCGUC